AUGUACCAGUCGCAUCUGGUGAUGCGAGCACGUGUUGAGGAAGAUGUUGUCAGGGCUGAUGAAAUCCGACGAGAACUAGAGAUGUCGGAGACCAUCGAGGAUGAACUCCAGUAUGGAGCGGAAUCCGUUUACGGAGAGGAUUAUGAAGACAUCGGUCCAGUGCCUUUUGAACCUAUCGGCGCUGAAUCGCCUACUCCUGUAGUUGCUGAUAUGCGUCCUUCUCCAGAAGGGUCACCCAUGAAAGAGGUUGAGGAAGCACUCUAUCCACCGAGUGAAAAACGAAAACGCAGCAUGGAGGGUCGUGCUAUUGAGGAAGAGGAAGCUAUGGAAGGUGAAGAAGGUUAUCGUUGGUCGAAACGCACCCAGAAUGUUUUGAAUGCUAUUACGGCGAAGCUUCGCGCGACUGGCGAUGCAAAGAUCACCCUCAAUGAUCUUCUGACAAAGGGCGCAACACGAAAAACGGCUGCACAAAAGUUCUACACAUUGCUGGUUUUGAAGAAAUCGCAAGCAAUCAAUGUAGAACAGCCUGCACCUUAUGAGGAUAUUUACAUCUCCGCUGGGGUAAAUAUCGCACAAGGGGUUUCUAAAUAA